UGCAGGCAGGGAGAAGUAAAGACGCAACCAGGAAGUGGGCGCGAGGGUGCUUUUAGCAGACGGGCAGGCCAAAAGAAAGAGAAAGAAAGAGGGAGGGAAGGAAGGAGGGGGCGCUUCGUCGGAAACGGCUUCCCCCCCCCCCUCUUCCCUGCUCCCUCUUUUGGAUCCAAGAAGCAAACUGGCGCGAGGUUGCUCUUGAUCCCGUCUCAACGGCUUUCGGCUUGGAAGGUGGGCUGGAAAGGAGGUAAUGAUCCAGCGUUAGCAUUGCAUUGCUCAUGAUGAUGUCCGGACUGCCGGAAGCCUUGAGCCGGCUGAGAGCAAAUUCUCUCCGCAGUUGCUUCAGCCUGGCAGGGCCCUCAGAGUCCACCAUGGUGUCUGUACCCAUCGAUAUUGACAAGGAUGAAGUUCGGAUCCUCAAGGUUUGUUUCCACAGCAACAGCUUCAACAUGGGCAAGAACUUCAAACUGGUGAAAUGUACAGUCAUGACGGAGAUACGGGAAGUAAUAAAGUCAAUCCUACAGAGUGGAAGAAUUGGUCCUGAUAUCCAGCUUGCUGAGUGCUAUGGAUUACGCCUGAAGCAUGUGAAAUCAGACGAGAUCCACUGGCUUCAUCCAGACAUGACAGUCGGGGAAGUCCAGGACAAAUAUGAAUGUUUGCACCUUGAGGCUGAAUGGAGGUAUGACCUCCAGGUCCGCUACCUCCCUGAAGAUUAUAUUGAACGCUUCCAAGAGGACCGGACAACGCUUCUGUACUUCUACCAACAGCUCCGGAGUGAAUACAUGCAACUUUACGCGAGCAAAGUAAGCGAAGGGAUGGCCCUACAACUAGGCUGCCUGGAGCUUCGGAGAUUCUACAAGGAUAUGCCCCACAAUGCUUUAGACAAGAAGUCCAACUUUGAAUUCCUGGAGAAGGAAGUGGGACUGGACGUGUUCUUUCCUAAGCAGAUGCAAGAAAGCUUGAAGCCAAAGCAGUUCCGCAAGAUGAUCCAGCAGACUUUCCAGCAGUAUGCACUCUUGAGAGAGGAAGAAUGCAUCAUGAAGUUCCUUGGCACCCUCUCUACCUUCGCCAACAUCGAUCAAGAAAACUAUCGCUGUGAAUUGAUUCAAGGAUGGAAUAUCACUGUGGACCUGGUGAUUGGCCCAAAAGGCAUCCGGCAGAUGACAAGUAAAGAAGCAAAACCCACUUGCUUGGCUGAAUUCAAGCAGAUCAAAUCCAUCAAAUGUACUACUGUGGAGGAAGGCAGAGCAUUGCUGCAGCUUGGUCUUACUGGGAACCCCCAGUCCUUGACUAUUAAGACAUCCUCCCUGGCUGAGGCAGAGAACAUGGCUGACUUAAUAGAUGGCUACUGCAGGCUGCAGGGAUGCUUGGAUACCUCCCUCAUCAUCCGACCCAACCGAGAGAAUGAGAAGAGGAUCAGUCUGCCUCAGGUCCCAAUACAGCAUAUAGAAGAAAAGAGGUCCACACUGAGGGAGAGCUUCAGCGGAGAUUCUGACAUUUAUGCUGAGAUUCCGGAUGAAGCAUCCAGACCCAUAUCUGGAGCCCAACAGUUUGUGAUUUCUCGAGAAGAUGUUUCCCUGGGCAGGAUCCUGGGAGAAGGUUUCUUUGGAGAAGUCUAUGAAGGUGUCUUCCUCAAUGAGAGUGGAGAGCGGGUUAGUGUUGCUGUGAAAACCUGCAAGAAAGAUUGCACUGCUGAGAACAAGGAGAAAUUCAUGAGUGAAGCAAUGCUCAUGAAAAAGAUGGACCAUCCCCACAUUGUGAAACUGAUUGGUAUCACGGAGGAGGAACCAACAUGGAUUGUUAUGGAACUCUAUCCUUAUGGAGAGUUGGGACACUACCUGGAGCAGAACAAGGCCAACCUGAAGGUGCAGACCCUUAUCCUGUAUACCUUGCAGAUUUGCAAAGCCAUGGCUUACCUGGAGGCUAUCAACUGUGUGCACAGGGACAUUGCUGUCCGUAAUGUGCUGGUAGCUUUGCCUGAGUGUGUCAAACUAGGAGAUUUUGGACUUUCCAGAUACAUUGAGGAUGACGAAUAUUACAAAGCAUCAGUGACUCGCCUACCCAUCAAGUGGAUGGCUCCAGAGUCAAUCAACUUUCGCCGUUUCACCUCUGCCAGUGAUGUUUGGAUGUUUGCUGUUUGCAUGUGGGAGAUCCUUAGCUAUGGCAAGCAGCCUUUCUUCUGGUUGGAGAACAAAGAUGUCAUUGGGGUGCUGGAGAAAGGAGACCGUCUCCCCAAGCCAGAUGCCUGUCCACCUAUCCUUUAUGCUCUGAUGACCCGCUGUUGGGAUUAUGACCCCAAUGACAGGCCCAAGUUCAAAGAAUUGGUCUGUAGUUUAAGUGACAUUUACCAGAUGGAGAAGGAGAUUGCACGGGAACAAGAGAAGAAUAAUCGCCGUCGCCCCCCCAAAAUCAUGGAGCCUACCUCUUUCCAAGAGCCCCCUCCAAAGCCCAGCAGACCAAAGUACAAACCACCUCCUCAGACCAAUUUACUGGCCCCCAAACUUCAAUUCCAGGUGCCCGAGGGUCUGUGUGCCAGCUCACCAACGCUCACCAGCCCCAUCGAGUACCCAUCACCUGUCAACUCUCUGCAUACCCCACCUCUCAACAGACACAAUGUCUUCAAGCGCCACAGCAUGAGGGAGGAGGAUUUCCUUAGACCCAGUAGCCGGGAAGAAGCCCAGCAACUGUGGGAGAUGGAACGGGCUAAAAUGCGUCAGCUCCUCGAUAAACAGCAGAAGCAGAUGGUGGAGGACUAUCAGUGGCUUCGGCAGGAAGAAAAAGCUUUGGACCCCAUGGCUUCUGUGAAGAGCAAUUCUAACCCCCCAAAACUACCAGAGAAGGAAACAAGCUACAAUGGCUUAGCUGAGUUUACAGGACCACCCAAAAAGCCACCCAGGCUUGGACCACAGAUGUCCCUACAGCCGACUCCCACAGCCAAUCUCGAUCGAACAGAUGAUCCUGUGUACAGUGAUGUCAUGGGGCUGGUGAAGGCUGUCCUGCGGUUGAAGAAUGAAGUCAGCAACCAUCCACCUGAGCGAUAUAUUCUAGUUGUUAAAGAUGUGGGUCUUUCUCUCCGAAAACUCAUUGGGAGUGUGGAUGACAUCCUUCCGGUUCUACCUGCAUCCUCACGCACUGAGAUUGAGGGUACCCAGAAGCUCCUAAAUAAGGACCUUGCGGAACUGAUCAACAAGAUGCGUCUGGCUCAGCAAAAUUCUAUGACCUCAUUGAGUGAGGAGUGCAAGCGCCAGAUGUUAACAGCUUCGCAUACUCUGGCUGUGGAUGCAAAGAAUCUCCUGGAUGCUGUAGACCAAGCCAAGAUGCGAGCCAACCUUGUGAAGGUCUCUUUUGAGUGAUCGAGAGGGCUGACUUACGGAUUUUUUAACCAUCCCUCCACAACUUUCACAUCCUGUCCCCCAUCCUGCCUCACCAAAAACUGCUUGUGUCUUUGAUUUUGUCAUGUCUGUCUUCUGAGAGCAACGGAGAAGCCAUGCUCAGGGCAAGGAAGAGACCUUUUUUUUUCCUUCAGUGUUCUGUGGACAAUGCUGCUAAGGGCCACUGUGUGCACGAGAGGAUCCUAGUCCCAAGGUGAGGAUUCUUUAAACCAAACUUUGAACUCUGAAUCUGCACCAGUCGUCCCAUCAUAGAAAGUGACUUCCGAAUAUAUUCUGUUUCCUUUGACAGUACCUCUGGCAUCAAGUGAUACAGUUUGUCCCACUGGUGAAAGGAAUCACAGGCAGGGAUGGGUGGGGUAGCUUAUGAGCCUCUACACUGUUCUCAGG